UAGAAAUGUUGCGGUGAUUCUGUUCUCCUUCUAGAGUCAAACAAACGAAACUGAUUAUCGAUAUGCUGAGAAGAGUUUUCUUUUACUACUUGUAUGUCACAUCGGCUGACUGUCAGCACAACCUACACAGACUGAGGAAGAGAGAUUUGACCAGCACUGCGACAUGGUUUAGAGAGGAAUUCUUCGGAGAGAGAGAGAGGGAGGGAGAGAUCCAUGGCUGAGGGGGUUCUUGCUUCGGGCAUUGUGAAGGCGGUACUAGCCAAGUUCGGGUCCUCGGUUUGGGGUGAGCUCGCGCUCUUGCGGAGCUUCAGGGCCGACCUGAAGGCGAUGGAGGACGAGUUCGCCACCAUCCGUGGCGUUCUCGCGGACGCGGAGGCGCGCGGCGGCGGCGGCGGCGGCGACAGCGCCGUCCGUGACUGGCUGCGCAAGCUCAAGGACCUCGCCCACGAAAUCGACGACUUCCUCGACGCCUGCCACACCGACCUGCGCGCCGCCCGCCGCCGCCGCCGGGGCCGGGGCAACACGGUGUGCGGCUCCACCGCCGACCGUUGCAUCUUCCGCUCCGUCGUCAUGGCGCACAGGCUGAGGUCCCUGAGGCGGAAGCUGGAUGCGGUCGCCGCCGGGAGAGACAGGCUCCGCUUGAAUCCGAAUGUUUCCCCACCGGCGCAUCCGGCUGCUCCUCCGAAGCGCGAGACCAUCUCCAAGGUCGACGAGGCCAAGACGGUCGGGAGGGCCGCGGACAAGGAGAAGCUCAUGAAGCUGGUGCUUGACGCGGCGAGCGAGGAGGACGUGUCUGUGAUCCCCAUCGUCGGCUUCGGCGGCCUCGGCAAGACGACGCUCGCGCAGCUGGUGUUCAACGACCGGAGGGCCAACGACGAGGUGUUCGACCGCCGGAUUUGGGUCUCCAUGUCCGUUGACUUCAGCCUCUGGAGGCUGAUUCAGCCGAUCGUGAGCGUGUCCAAGUUGAAGCGUGAUCUAACUAGCAAGGAGGCCAUUGCCGAUUUCUUGUCGGAGACGUUCACAGGGAAGAAGUACCUGCUGGUUCUUGACGACAUGCUUGACGAUGUAUGUAGCCAGAACCAGGAGGAGUGGGAGAAGCUGAAGCUGCUCCUCAAGGAUGGCAAGAGGGGAAGCAAGAUCAUCGUGACGACACGGAGCCGUAAAGUCAGCACGAUGGUGCGCACUGUGCCACCGUUCGUGCUCAAGGGUCUCUCGGAUGAUGAUUGUUGGGAGCUGUUCAAGGGAAAGGCUUUUGAGGACGGGGAAGACAAUUUGCAUCCCAAAUUGGUCAAGGCAGGAAAGGAGAUUAUCCGGAAAUGUGGUGGUGUGCCGUUGGCAGCGAAGGCUCUUGGGAGCAUGUUGCGGUUUAAGAGGAAUGAGGAAUCAUGGACUGCUGUUAAGGACAGUGAAAUAUGGCAGCUGGAUAAGGAAGAGACAAUCUUGCCAUCUCUCAAGCUUACCUAUGACCAAAUGCCACCUGGUCUAAAGCAGUGCUUUGCGCAUUGUGCAGUAUUUCCUAGAAACCAUGAGUUUUACAGGGAUAAGCUUAUUCAGCAGUGGAUUGCUCUUGGCUUGAUUGAACCUGCAAAAUAUGGCUGUCAGUCAGUUUCUGAUAAAGCGAAUGACUAUUUUGAGCACUUAUUGUGGAUGUCUUUCCUUCAAGAAGUAGAGGAGCAUGAUUUAUCGAAGAAAGAAUUAGAAGAAGAUGGCAAUGUUAAGUACAAGAUUCAUGACUUGGUGCAUGACCUUGCUCAAUCUGUAGCAGGGGAUGAAGUCCAGAUGAUCAAUUCUAAGAAUGUCAAUGGGCACACUGAAGCAUGCCACUAUGCAUCAUUGGCUGAUGACAUGGAGGUUCCUAAAGUUCUCUGGAGCAUGCUUCACAGGGUCCGUGCAUUACAUUCCUGGGGUUAUGCUCUCGAUAUUCAGUUGUUUCUUCACUUCAGGUGCUUGCGAGUACUAGAUUUGCGAGGCAGCCAAAUUAUGGAGCUUCCCCAGUCAGUUGGUAGAUUAAAACACUUGAGGUACUUGGAUGUCUCUUCAUCCCCUAUCAGAACUCUGCCCAACUGCAUUAGCAGACUCCACAAUCUGCAAACAAUUCAUUUAUCCAAUUGUACCAACCUUUAUAUGCUUCCCAUGUCAAUAUGCAGCCUUGAGAAUCUAGAAACCUUGAAUAUUUCAUCUUGCCACUUUCAUACCUUACCAGAUUCCAUAGGGCAUCUUCAAAACCUGCAAAAUCUGAAUAUGUCAUUUUGCCAUUUCCUUUGUUCAUUACCCAGCUCCAUUGGCAAACUCCAAAGUUUGCAAGCCUUGAAUUUUAAAGGAUGUGCCAACCUUGAGACUCUGCCUGACACUGUAUGCAGACUGCAAAAUUUGCAGGUCUUGAACCUUUCACAAUGUGGAAUUCUCCAAGCAUUGCCCGAAAAUAUCGGGAAUCUCUCAAAUUUGUUGCACCUGAAUUUAUCGCAGUACAGUGAUCUUGAGGCAAUUCCGAACUCAGUAGGCUGCAUUACAAGGCUGCAUACCCUGGAUAUGUCUCACUGUAGUAGUUUAUCAGAAUUACCUGGAUCUAUUGGUGGCCUGCUAGAGCUCCAAACUCUCAUUUUAUCACAUCAUUCACACAGUUUGGCACUGCCCAUAACAACAAGUCACCUACCAAACUUGCAGACUUUGGAUCUCUCAUGGAAUAUCGGUCUGGAGGAAUUGCCUGCAUCAGUUGGGAAUCUGUAUAACUUGAAGGAACUUAUUUUGUUCCAGUGUUGGAAUCUUCGUGAGCUACCUGAGUCUAUAACCAACCUCACGAUGUUGGAGAAUUUGAGCCUUGUUGGUUGUGAAGAGCUAGCCAAGCUGCCGGAGGGCAUGGCAGGCACCAAUCUGAAGCACCUAAAAAAUGACCAAUGCCGAUCUUUGGAGAGACUACCUGGUGGAUUUGGGAAAUGGACUAAACUUGAAACAUUAUCCUUACUCAUUAUAGGUGCAGGAUACAGCAGUAUCGCAGAGCUAAAAGACCUAAAUCUUCUAACUGGCUUUCUUAGAAUUGAAUGCUGCUCACACAAGAACGAUUUGACAACCGAUGCCAAGAGAGCAAACUUGAGGAACAAGAGUAAACUGGGAAACUUGGCGUUGGCAUGGACCAGUUUGUGUUCUUUUGAUGAUCUAAAGAAUGUCGAAACAUUUAUUGAAGUUCUCUUGCCUCCUGAAAACCUUGAAGUCCUUGAAAUAGAUGGCUACAUGGGCACUAAAUUUCCCAGCUGGAUGAUGAAGAGCAUGGAGUCAUGGCUUCCAAAUAUUACCUCCCUAAGUUUAGGCAACAUCCCUAACUGUAAAUGCCUUCCACCUCUUGGUCAUAUUCCAUAUCUCCAAUCUCUUGAGCUCCGCUGCAUCAGUGGUGUCAGUAGCAUGGGAUCUGAAAUACUUGAGAAAGGACAGAAAAACACAUUAUACCAGUCACUGAAGGAACUCCAUUUCGAAGACAUGCCUGAUUUGGAGAUCUGGCCAACUUCAUUGGCAAUGGAUAGUGAAGACAGUCAACAAGAAGUAUUCAUGUUUCCAGUUCUUAAAACUGUCACUGCAAGUGGAUGUACAAAGAUGAGACCAAAACCAUGCCUCCCAGAUGCUAUAGCAGAUUUGUCACUAUCCAACAGCAGUGAGAUUUUAUCAGUUGGGGGGAUGCUCGGUCCAUCAUCCUCAAAAUCUGCAUCACUUCUCAGGAGACUGUGGAUUAGACAAUGCUAUGCAUCAUCGAAUGAUUGGAACAUAUUACAGCACAGGCCAAAACUUGAGGAUCUGACCAUUGAAUACUGUGAGAGGUUACAUGUUUUGCCAGAGGCCAUUAGGCACCUUAGCAUGCUGAGGAAGCUGAAGAUUAACAAUUGCACUGAUCUGGAGGUCCUUCCAGAAUGGCUAGGCGAGCUCGUAGCAAUUGAAUAUCUUGAGAUAAGCUGCUGCCAAAAGUUGGUCUCGUUGCCAGAAGGUUUGCAAUGCUUGGUUGCACUGGAGGAAUUUAUUGUCAGUGGUUGUAGCUCUGUACUCAUUGAAAAUUGCAGAAAAGAUAAAGGCAAGGAUUGGUUCAAGAUCUGUCAUAUCCCAAGUAUCCUCAUCUCGUGACAGGGUGCUCACUGGAAAGGAGUGGGGGUCUAUACAGAGCAAGAUGCUGAAUGGUGUGAGACAAUGGAGGAUUUUGCGCAAGGACAGAUGGAUCAAUGUGUCGGCGUGCCGCGCUAUUGGAUCUGAAGCAGGAGGAAUUGCGCACUAAUCCAGGGUCGCCAGGAGGAGUUGAUUAUCGACAACUUGACAGCAUUGGGGUAUUUUGAAUAGCUGACGCCGCGGCAUGCCGGUGGCUCAGUCAUGGAAGGCAUAUUCAGGGCUUGUUUGGAUCGAGUGGCAGCCGGAUAUCAUUCGCAGCGCCUGACCAGGCUACCAGAGUUGGUGGCCUGAGCCCGGUUUCUUCUCGUGCCAUCAUCUCCCCCUGUUCCUUUUCCUGAGGCAAACCAAACCGGCAAUUUUGGGUUUGCAUAGGCAGGCAAGAAUCACCAAGUUUGAAACCCUAUCCAGGCCUCUAGCCAAACAUGUCUAGAGUGUGAUGCUUUGCUUUCGCUGGAUUCAAGUAUUUAGGUGUUGAAUUCUGGCCCAAAAAGCUGUAUAUUAGUAACACUCAAGUUGUGUCU